AUGGAGACGGCGUCUCUCUCCCCACCACCCAUUUUCAGGCUUCCGAACGAACUCUUAGCUGAGGUCGCUCGAUUCCUCGGGCCGCCGGAUAUCUCGCGCGCUGAUCCUGGCUGGCUCGUGCUCUCGACUGUCUGCACACUACUUCACGAGGUGGCGAGGGCGUUGCCGGAGUGGGAAUCGGCCACUUCUGACGAUCCAGAUAGCUUCUUUACGCGUUAUUCCUGGUCUGUAUGUCCGGAUACGUCUGAAAAUACUCACUACGUGGUGGCUGACGAACGUGUGGGCGCAUACUGGACAAUCCAUCCUGUCUGUAGCGCAGUAAACCCAUACUACCUGGACGGACUUCUUCACUUGGCACCUAGCAGCGUCAACUUGGACGCCCAGCAAGCGAUGACUCGUUACCUCACUUCAUCUCCGUCAUCUCCGCCUCUGGGGAAGUCUCCUCGGCUGAAUCUAUCGUGGAUCAGACGCAUAGAGUUGGACUGCUGGAUGUCAGAUGAUCAUAUGGGUGACAUCGUCGAGUUCUCCUUCACCGACGUACCAUGCCUCGUAGCACCAGCUUUAGAAGAGCUGUACCUGUGCGAUUACGUCGUUGACUGGCGCUGCAAUGGUCUAGUGGUCUUAAGUAUUAACCUGGACGGUCUUGUCAGCAACGGGAACUUCCCGAAUCACGGAUAUACCUGCACUCAACUGCUUGAGCGUCUCGACGACUCGUCGCUCACGAUGCAGUACAUCUCGCUGUCACACUGCUUUCUCCCCUUGGGCCGCGAAGAGAUAGACUCCAAGGAGCACCUAUCGCUCAUCCAUCUUCCUCGCAUCACUACCUCGAGCGUCGUAUUGCAAGAUAGGCCGCACCAAACCUGGUGGAUCAGACAAAACCUGGCGCUCCCACCGGGCGCCGAUGCCAUAUUCGCGUGGCCCGGACUCGCCAUCGGGUUCCUCCGACAGCUAGCAUCGCUAUGCCCGCAGAUCAUUAUGCACGGGCCGAAUUGCUCAGACUGUGCGAUGCCUGAUGCUUAUGGUCCAGUGACGAUGAUAGACUUCGCGGCCACACCCGAGGGUUCUUCUUACGCCUGCUCCGUUCAGGGAUACUUCCAUGGCGAACUGGGUCACAUGAGAGAAUCAGAGUAUCCGAAAUCCGGGCCUUGCACUGGCCACGACGAAGUACUGGACUGGGAUGACAAGGUCGGCGUGAGGCCGCGUUUUGUCUUCGAAAUGCACUGCCAUUGGAACGUUGCUUCGUGGGACGCGCAACUCGAGGGCGACGACCCUGCCGACACGGCACGCGAUGCUGUGCUGGAUCUUGUAGAUUGCAUCUACAUUCACGGGAAACGCGGUCUUCUCGCUCAUGAAGAUGGCGUCGCAACCUGGACCACGGUCCUCCGCAAUUUUCCACGGGUACGCAGCUUGCACGUCGUAGGUCCGACGGCGACCGCCCUCCAGCCUCUAUGCGAUCAGCAAGUAGUGCUUCCAGAGCUCGAGACAAUCUUCUUGUCGGCCGGGGUAGAAGAUGAGGGGUCUCGUGAGGUCAACGCGGAGUGGUUAUUGGAGGUUUGCGAGCGAAGGAAGGAGCUACAGGCGGGCACCGGUUGCCCAAGUAUAUCGCUGAGCAUCCCCGAUAGCAUCCGUAUCGUGGGCGCAACCGCGCUGGUGGAGAGGUUGCGGGAGUUCGGUGUCUUCCGCCCAGCUGCAAUGGAGUCUUCGUAG